CCCCAACGUGUGCGCCGUGCAGAAGCUCAUUGGGACCAACCGGAAAUAUUUCACCAACUGCAAGCAGUGGUACCAGCGCAAAAUCUGCGGCAAAUCCACAGUAAUCAGUUACGAGUGCUGUCCUGGAUAUGAAAAAGUUCCUGGAGAAAAAGGCUGCCCAGCUGCGUUGCCGCUUUCAAACAUCUAUGAAACCCUUGGUGUUGUCGGAUCUGCAACCACGCAGCUCUACUCUGACCGGUCUAAUCUAAGACCAGAAAUUGAAGGACCUGGAAGUUUUACAAUUUUUGCUCCAAGUAACGAGGCCUGGGCAUCCUUGUCUGCUGAAACUUUGGAUUCCUUAGUCAGUAAUGUUAACAUUGAGCUGCUCAACGCCCUCCGCUACCAUAUGGUGAACAAACGGGUGCUAACAGACGAGCUGAAACAUGGGACAACGCUUAACUCAAUGUACCAGAACCUCCCUAUCCAGAUUCACCAUUAUCCCAAUGGGAUUGUGACGGUGAACUGCGCCAGGCUCUUGAAAGCUGACCACCAUGCCACCAACGGCGUGGUCCAUGUCAUUGACAAAGUCAUUGCCACCACCACAAACAGCAUUCAGCAGAUCAUCGAAACUGAGGAAAGCCUGGAAACCCUCCGGGCUGCAGUGGCUGCUUCCAACCUGAACAGCUUGCUGGAAAGUGAAGGCCAGUACACGCUCUUGGCUCCAACCAAUGAAGCCUUUGAGAAGAUCCCACAGGAGACCCUAAACCGAAUCCUGGGAGAUCCAGAGGCCCUCAAGGACCUUUUGAACCACCACAUACUGAAAUCAGCCAUGUGCGCCGAGGCCAUCAUUGCUGGCUUGACGAUGGAGACCCUGGAAGGAACCACCUUGGAUGUAGGCUGCAGUGGGGAGGACCUGACCCUCAACGGGAAGCCCAUUAUAGCUAACAAGGAUAUCCUGGCCACCAAUGGUGUUGUUCACUUUGUCAAUGAGCUUCUGAUUCCAGACUCUGCUAAGACCCUGUUUGAGUUGGCCCAAGAAUCUGAAGUUUCCAAGUCUAUGGACCUUUUCAGACAAGCUGGUCUCAGUUCUCAUCUGACUGGCAAUGAGCGUGUGACGCUUCUUGCCCCAGUAAAUGAUGCAUUCAAAGAUGGAAAUCCCCCCGUUGACAGCUACAUGAAAAAUUUGCUUCUGAACCACAUUGUUAGAGACCAGCUUUCCUCUAAAUAUCUUUACCAUGGGCAGAAACUGCAGACUCUGGGUGACAAGGAACUGAGAGUAUUUGUGUACCGCAAUAACCUGUGCAUUGAAAAUGCCUGCAUUGCUGCCCAUGACAAGAGAGGCAGGUUUGGGACCUUGUUCAGCAUGGACAAAAUGUUGACCCCACCGUCUGGUUCAGUGAUGGAUGUUCUCAAGGCAGAUCAUCGGUUCAGUACUCUGGUGGCUGCAAUCCAAUCUGCAGGGCUAAUGGAGACCUUGAACAGGCCCGGAACCUUCACAGUGUUUGCUCCAACAAACGAAGCUUUCCGAGCCAUGCCACAAGGGGAACUGAACAAACUAAUGGGUAAUGCCAAAGAGCUUGCCAACAUCCUCAAGUUCCACAUUGCGGACGAGAUCCUGGUGAGCGGUGCCGUCGGGGCUCUCGUGCGACUCAAGUCCAUGCAGGGAGACAAGCUGGAAGUCAGCGUGAAAAACCAUGUAAUACAUAUCAACAAGGAACCUGUUGCCGAAAGUGAUAUCAUGGCCACGAACGGUGUGAUUUAUGCCGUGAACUCAGUGCUGCAGCCUCAGGCUUCAAGGCCUCAGGAAAGAGGAGAUGAACCGGCAGAUCCUGCACUGGAAAUCUUCAAACAGGCAUCUGCAUUAUCCACGGUUCCUCAAAGGAGUCCUCGGCUAGCACCUGUGUACAUCAGGCUACUAGAGAGGUUGACGCAGAAGUCCCAACGUGAGCAUCCCCAGACCAGCGCCUCCUCUGACCGCCACUGA